GGCGCGGUGCUGCGCGUCUGUGUGCGCUGGGUGUGGGUGUUUGUCUCCGGAAUCCGCCUUCCUUGCCGUCCGUCCGGGACUUCUUCCCGGCCUCGCCUUCCCUGCCCUCUGCCUCCGCCCUCUCAGGGCUCCAGGUGGGUGCCUGGGGGGGCGAGGGGGACGCCUGCCAACCGGCCCACCCCCAGAUGCCGCCUGAAGCUCCCGGCUCCCUCCUCCUCCUCCCCUGCUCACUCCCUCCCUCCCUCCCCCCGGCUGCCAUGCCAGGGGGUGGGACGUGCCAAUCACCGGCUGUGCCGCUCCCGUUGCCAGCGCAGGGCGCAGCUCCCCCCGGGAGCCAGGUGUUUGGGUCCCGGGAGACGCGGCGCCCGGCGGAGCGUGCGGCUGAGGACCCUGCAGACCCCUGUGUGCCCACGGGCACCCCACCCACUGUCAUCCCCCCAAGAUGGACUGACCCAGGCUGCUGGCUGUGUGCACAAGCUGGAUGCUGAGGCCAUGAUGCCCCUCUGAGGACGCCCUCCGUGGGAUUGGACAACGGGGCUGCCCUGCCCACCAGGCCACCAUGAACACCUCAGUUCCACCCGCCGUCAGCCCCAACAUCACCAUCCUGGCCCCAGGAAAGGGUCCCUGGCAGGUGGCCUUCAUCGGCAUCACCACGGGGCUUCUGUCGCUGGCCACCGUGACGGGCAACCUGCUGGUCCUCAUCUCCUUCAAGGUAAACACGGAGCUCAAGACAGUCAACAACUACUUCCUGCUGAGCCUGGCCUGCGCUGACCUCAUCAUUGGCACCUUCUCCAUGAACCUCUACACCACCUACCUGCUCAUGGGCCGCUGGGCGCUGGGCACGCUGGCCUGUGACCUCUGGCUGGCCCUGGACUACGUGGCCAGCAACGCCUCGGUCAUGAACCUGCUGCUCAUCAGCUUUGACCGCUACUUCUCCGUGACCCGGCCCCUAAGCUACCGCACCAAGCGCACCCCGCGCCGGGCAGCCCUGAUGAUCGGGCUAGCCUGGCUGGUCUCCUUCGUGCUCUGGGCGCCAGCCAUCCUCUUCUGGCAGUACCUGGUGGGCGAGCGGACGGUGCUGGCUGGGCAGUGCUACAUCCAGUUCCUCUCCCAGCCCAUCAUCACCUUUGGCACUGCCAUGGCUGCCUUCUACCUCCCGGUCACCGUUAUGUGUGCGCUCUACUGGCGCAUCUAUCGUGAAACAGAGAACCGGGCUCGGGAGCUGGCGGCUCUGCAGGGCUCUGAGACGCCUGGCAAGGGUGGUGGCAGCAGCAGCAGCUCGGAGAGGUCACAGCCUGGGGCCGAGGGCUCCCCGGACACCCCACCUGGGCGCUGCUGCAGCUGCUGCCAGGCACCCAGGCUGCUGCAGGCCUACAGCUGGAAGGAGGAGGAGGAGGAGGAGGAGGGCUCCAUGGAGUCACUCACAUCCUCAGAGGGUGAGGAGCCUGGCCCCGAGGUGGCCAUCAAGAUGCCCAUGGUGGACGCCGGGGCCCACGCGCCUGUCAAGCCGCCCCCCAAGAGCUCUCCGAGCACAGUGAAGAGGCCCACACGGAAAGGGCGAGACCGAGCCAGCCGGGCCCAGAAGCCCCGCGGGAAGGAGCAGCUGGCCAAGCGCAAGACCUUCUCACUGGUCAAGGAGAAGAAGGCAGCCCGGACCCUGAGCGCCAUCCUCCUGGCUUUCAUUCUCACGUGGACGCCGUACAACAUCAUAGUGCUGGUGUCUACCUUCUGCAAGGACUGCGUCCCCGAGACCCUGUGGGAGCUGGGCUACUGGCUGUGCUACGUCAACAGCACCGUCAACCCCAUGUGCUACGCGCUGUGCAACAAAGCCUUCCGGGACACCUUCCGCCUGCUGCUGCUGUGCCGCUGGGACAAGCGACGCUGGCGCAAGAUUCCCAAGCGCCCGGGCUCUGUGCACCGCACCCCCUCCCGCCAGUGCUGAGGGCCCCGCCCCCACUGUCCCAGCCGAGGCCUGGGCUGGUGCUCCUCCGGCAGAGGUGCCUGCCUGCUCUCCUAACGGCAGCGGAACCUGGGGAACUGGUUUCUCCCUUCCUUGCUGGGUGGGAAUGGGCCUGCACCAGGAAGAGGCCGGAGGAGGAUCUGGGCUUUGCUCCGUGUUUGCCUUGGGCAGGAAGCCCAGGUGCCCGCUGGCUGGCAGUCCAGGCCGCAUCCUCCUGGGCCUCGCCCGAGCAAACCCAGCAGCAGGACUGUGGUGGGAGACGGCGAAUUCCAGGGCCCACAGCGGGCACUGGCCCCAGAUACUGAGGCAAGAAGCUUGGCUCCAGGCACAGGGACCCCAGCUGGAAACUCUCCUCUUCCCCCCACCCCGCUCCCCGGGACAGUUCAGCCUCCUGAGACGCCCCCAGAGCACCCUGUGUGUCAUCUCCCAGGCAAAUGUCCAAGCAGCAGCAGGACAAUGACUCCAGGGAGGACCCACAAGGCUGGUGGCAGCUGUGGGGCAGGCGCCAGGUGUUCCGUGUCCUGCCGUCCUCCCCGCCCCGUGUCCCAGUGGCUUCAGCCCUUCCCCACCUGGCCCACAGCCACCGAUGGGCUGGGCCACUCAGCUCCUGCAGCCCGGCCAGGCCCUGCAUGCCCUGCCCUGCCCUGCAUGGCCGGCCGCAGGUUCCCACCCAAGCUCCUUCCCAACCAUGCAUGGCCUCCCAGCAUCCCUCGCCCUGGCCCAGCCGGCCCACAUGUUCUUCCCUCCACCUCGGCCAGUGCUGAGCCUGAAUAAAACCGCACAACCGGCA